AUGGCGACGCCCGUGCCCCCGCCCGCCCCGCGGCUGCUGCGGCUGCUGCGGCUGCUGCUCUCCGGCCUGGCCCUGGGCGCCGCCCUGCGCGGGGCCGCCGCCGCGCCCCCGGAUGGGGACACCUGUCCCGGGAGCCUGGACUGUGCCCUGAAGAGGCGGGCACGGUGCCCCCCAGGGGCUCACGCCUGCGGGCCCUGCCUGCAGCCCUUCCAGGAGGACCACAGGGGGCUCUGUGUGCCCCCGGUGCAGCUGCCUGUGGCGGGGGCACCCCCCCAGCCCAGACUGGAGGAUGACAUCGACCUCCUGGCCGAAAAACUGGCCCAGCAGGAGGCGGGGCGCUGGAAGCACCCCACCCUGUCCCAGACCCAGACCCAGGCGCCCCUGCAGCAGCAGGAGCCGGCAGCCACCCUGGGGCUCUCAUCCAAAGGCCAGGGCCCGGGCCUCCCCUCCACCCUGGGGGCCCCUGCGCCCACACCCCGCGCCUCCCUGGGCGCUCCCGUGCACAUGUCGCCCCUGGAUGCCCGGCCUGGGCGCCUGUACGGCCUCGCCCUCGCGCUCAUCUUGGCGGGCUCCGUGGCCGGCGUGGCCGCUGUGGCCGUGGCUGCUUUCUGGUGGUGCAGGCUCCAGCGAGACAUCCGCCUGACCCAGAAGACGGACUACACGGCCCAGCAGGCGGCCAGCCCCCCCCACACGCCCCGGACCUCGCCCGGCGACCAGCGGCUGGCGCAGAGUGCCGAGGUCUACCACUACCAGCACCAGAGGCAGCAGCUGCAGAUCCUGGACCGGCACAAGGAGCCCCCCAAGGAGCCGGACGAGGAGAACGAAGACGGGGACUUCACGGUGUACGAGUGCCCCGGCCUGGCCCCGACCGGGGAGAUGGAAGUGCGCAACCCGCUGUUCGACCAGGCCUCCCUGGCCGCGCCCCCGCCGCCCCUGCCGCCGCCGCCCAAGUGA